CUUGUUGCCCAUCCUCAGCCUCAGGGGAUGUGGAGGGAGAUAAACAGGGCGAGGAAGCAACAGAAGAAACAAGAGGCCGGGAAGAGGAGAAGAGUACACGACUGGGGAAGUAGGAGAAGAAGAGCAGGAGCUAUAAGUACCCACCCCUCCCCCUCCUCUCUCUCUCCACCUCCCCGCCUCAGCCGUUCCUUCCCGGAGCCCAGAGCUAGCGUGAGAGGAGAUUAACAGAGGUAGCUCGGUAUACACUCUGCGGAUCAAGCAGUUGGUUCAUUAGUUUUGCAAAGGUGGUGCGUGUUUGUGAAUGGUGAACGUCGAAGUCGAGGCGGAGUGCACGCGGGCGUCGCUGCUGGGGAGGUAUGAGAUCGGGCGGACCCUCGGGGAGGGCAACUUCGGCAAGGUCAAGUACGCACGCCACCUCGCCACCGGCGGCCACUUCGCCGUCAAGAUCCUCGACCGCAGCAAGAUCCUCUCCCUCCACAUCGACGACCAGAUUAGGAGGGAGAUCGGGACAUUGAAGCUGCUCAAGCACCCCAAUGUCGUCCGCUUGCACGAGGUUGCUGCUAGCAAAACAAAGAUUUACAUGGUUCUUGAGUAUGUCAAUGGAGGCGAGCUCUUCGAUAAGAUUGCUAUCAAAGGAAAACUCUCUGAACAUGAAGGACGGAGGCUUUUUCAGCAGCUCAUUGAUGGCGUGAGCUAUUGCCACGAUAAAGGUGUCUAUCACAGAGACCUUAAGCCAGAGAAUGUUCUUGUCGAUCGGAAAGGCAACAUCAAGAUCUCUGACUUCGGCCUUAGUGCUUUACCUCAACAUCUUGGGAACGAUGGACUUCUGCAUACAACAUGUGGCAGCCCCAAUUACAUCGCCCCUGAGGUUUUGCAGAAUAGAGGUUACGAUGGCUCCUUGUCAGAUAUCUGGUCUUGUGGAGUAAUUCUUUAUGUAAUGCUCGUCGGUUACCUUCCCUUCGAUGACAGGAAUCUUGUUGUUCUUUAUCAGAAGAUUUUCAAGGGAGACUGUCAGAUCCCAAAGUGGCUUUCACCUGCCGCGCAGGACCUUCUUAAGAGGAUUCUUGAACCAAAUCCGAUGAAGAGAGUCAACAUUUCGGGGAUCAAAGAGCACGAGUGGUUUCAGAAGGACUACGUUCCUGUUGUUCCAUAUGAUGACGAUGAAGACGUCCUUCCUGGUUCAGUUCUUCCUAUCAAAGAGCAGAUUGAUGAACCAGCGCACGAAAAGCCUACUCAUAUUAACGCUUUUCAGUUGAUCGGAAUGGCUUCUUCCCUUGAUCUUUCUGGUUUCUUUGAGGAAGAGGACGUGGCUCAAAGAAAGAUACGGUUCACAUCAACACAUUCGCCCAGGGAUUUGUUUGACAAGAUUGAGAAUGUCGUGACAGAGAUGGGAUUCCAAGUCCAGAGGGGACAGAGCAAGCUCAAAGUCAUCAAAAGUUGCAAAUCUUCCAAGAACCCCAAGAAUCACACAUCAUUUUUGGUCUGUACUGAGGUGUUUGAGCUUGGGCCAUCUCUGUAUGUUGUUGAACUGAAGAAAUCCCAUGGAGACCCUACAUUGUAUAGACAGCUGUGUGAGAGGCUCUCAGAUGAGCUUGGGGUGUGCAAGACGGAGCAGAUUGCGAGGACAGAAUCAGGGGAUGAUGAUUUAUCGAGCUUCGACAGUGAAGCAUCUCUGUCUGGCUUCUGAUCAGUGCCCGCCCCUCGUCGUUUUGGGUACAGGGGAUGAGGAACAUACCCGAUUCUAGAUUAGGACCAUGCAUGUAGUGUACAAAGCGAAUGGAGCAAAUUAGCCACCGGAUUGGAAUGUAUAAAAAUAUAUAAGAAAUUAUUUGUUCUUGUC